AGCCGGGAGGCGGGGAAGCCGUGGCUGUGUGAGCGUGGGGAGCCGCCGCCACCGCCUCCUCGCCGUCCUCUUCCUUCUGGUUCCCGGCGUCGCGGGCCGCGCUCGGCCCUGGAAGAGACGUCGCCUCCCCUUCCCCCGCCUCCGCCUCGCGGCGCCGCUCCCGCCUCCUCGUCCUGCGCUGCGGGCUCAGGCGGAACCCGGAACGGCCGUCCGCCUCCCCCGCCCUCCGCCGCCGCCUCCUCCUCCUCCUCCUCCUCCUCCUCCUCCUCCUCCUCCUGCUCCUGCUCGGCUUCCUCCUCUGCCCCGGGCGGGAGCGGAGCGUCGGCGGCGGUCGGUUCGGGCGGCGACUCGCGCUUCUCUGGGCGGCGGCGCUUGGCCAUGUCGUGUCGGGGAAGGUAAUGAGCCGCAGAGCCCCGGGGUCUCGGCUGAGCAGCGGCGGCGGCGGCGGCACCAAGUACCCGCGGAGCUGGAAUGACUGGCAACCCAGAACUGAUAGUGCAUCAGCCGACCCAGAUACUUUAAAAUAUUCUUCAUCCAGAGAUAGGGGUGGGUCAUCUUCUUAUGGACUGCAACCUUCAAAUUCAGCUGUGGUGUCUCGGCAAAGGCACGAUGAUACCAGAGUCCACACUGACAUACAGAAUGACGAAAAGGGUGGCUACAGUGUCAAUGGAGGAUCUGGGGAAAAUACUUAUGGUCGGAAGUCGUUGGGGCAAGAGCUGAGGGUUAACAAUGUGACCAGCCCUGAGUUCACCAGUAUUCAGCAUGGCAGUCGUGCGUUAGCCAUCAAAGACAUGAGGAAAUCACAGGAGCGAUCGAUGUCUUAUUCUGAGGAGUCUCGACUGUCAAAUCUUCUUCGGAGGAUCACCCGGGAAGACGACAGAGACCGAAGACUGGCUACUGUAAAGCAGUUGAAAGAAUUUAUUCAGCAACCAGAAAAUAAGCUGGUACUAGUUAAACAAUUGGAUAAUAUCUUGGCUGCUGUACAUGAUGUGCUUAAUGAAAGUAGCAAAUUGCUUCAGGAGUUGAGACAGGAGGGAGCUUGCUGUCUUGGCCUUCUUUGUGCUUCUCUGAGCUAUGAGGCUGAGAAGAUCUUCAAAUGGAUUUUUAGCAAAUUUAGCUCAUCUGCAAAAGAUGAAGUUAAACUACUCUACUUAUGUGCCACCUACAAAGCAUUAGAGACUGUGGGAGAAAAGAAAGCCUUUUCAUCUGUAAUGCAGCUUGUAAUGACCAGCCUACAGUCCAUUCUUGAAAAUGUGGAUACACCAGAAUUACUUUGCAAAUGUGUUAAGUGCAUUCUUUUGGUGGCUCGAUGUUACCCUCACAUUUUCAGCACUAAUUUUAGGGAUACAGUUGAUAUAUUAGUUGGAUGGCAUAUAGAUCAUACUCAGAAACCUUCGCUCACACAGCAGGUGUCUGGGUGGUUGCAGAGUUUGGAGCCGUUUUGGGUAGCUGAUCUUGCAUUUUCUACCACUCUUCUUGGUCAGUUUCUGGAGGACAUGGAAGCUUAUGCUGAGGACCUCAGCCAUGUGGCCUCUGGGGAGUCAGUGGAUGAAGAUGUUCCUCCUCCAUCAGUGUCGUUACCAAAGCUGGCUGCACUUCUUCGGGUGUUCAGUACUGUAGUGAGGAGCAUUGGGGAACGCUUCAGCCCAAUUCGGGGUCCUCCAAUUACUGAGGCAUAUGUAACAGAUGUUCUGUACAGAGUAAUGAGAUGUGUGACGGCUGCAAACCAAGUGUUUUUUUCUGAGGCUGUGUUGACAGCUGCUAAUGAGUGUGUUGGUGUUUUGCUCGGCAGCUUGGAUCCUAGCAUGACUAUACAUUGUGACAUGGUCAUUACAUAUGGAUUAGAUCAACUGGAGAACUGCCAGACUUGUGGUACAGAUUAUAUCAUCUCAGUCUUGAAUUUACUCACUUUGAUUGUUGAACAGAUAAAUACAAAAUUGCCAUCAUCAUUUGUAGAAAAACUGUUCAUACCAUCAUCGAAACUACUAUUUUUGCGUUAUCAUAAAGAAAAGGAGGUUGUUGCCGUAGCCCAUGCUGUUUAUCAAGCAGUGCUCAGCCUGAAGAAUAUUCCUGUUUUGGAGACUGCCUAUAAAUUAAUUUUGGGGGAAAUGACUUGUGCCCUAAACAACCUGCUACAUAGUCUACAACUUCCUGAUGCCUGCUCUGAAAUAAAACAUGAGGCUUUUAAAAAUCAUGUAUUCAAUGUAGACAAUGCAAAAUUUGUAGUUAUAUUUGACCUCAGUGCCCUAACUACAAUUGGAAAUGCCAAAAACUCCCUAAUUGGGAUGUGGGCACUGUCUCCAACCGUCUUUGCCCUGCUGAGCAAGAAUCUAAUGAUUGUGCAUGGUGACCUGGCUGUUCACUUCCCUGCCAUUCAGUAUGCUGUGCUCUACACAUUGUAUUCUCAUUGUACCAGGCACGAUCACUUUAUAUCUAGUAGUCUUAGUUCUUCAUCCCCAUCUCUGUUUGAUGGAGCUGUAAUCAGUACUGUAACUACAGCUACAAAAAAACAUUUCUCAAUUAUACUGAAUCUCCUGGGAAUAUUGCUUAAGAAAGAUAAUCUUAACCAGGACACAAGGAAACUGUUAAUGACUUGGGCUUUGGAAGUGGCUGUUUUAAUGAAGAAGUCUGAAACAUAUGCACCUUUAUUCUCUCUUCCAUCUUUCCAUAAAUUUUGCAAAGGACUUUUAGCCAACACUCUUGUUGAAGAUGUGAAUAUCUGUCUGCAAGCAUGCAGCAGUCUACAUGCUUUGUCCUCUUCUUUGCCGGACGAUCUUUUACAGAGGUGUGUUGAUGUUUGCCGUGUUCAACUUGUCCAUAGUGGAACUCGUAUUCGACAAGCAUUUGGAAAGCUGUUGAAGUCGAUUCCUUUAGAUGUUGUCUUGAGCAAUAACAAUCACACAGAAAUUCAAGAAAUUUCUUUAGCGUUAAGAAGUCACAUGAGCAAAGCACCAAGUAACACAUUCCACCCACAAGAUUUCUCUGAUGUUAUUAGUUUUAUUUUGUAUGGGAAUUCUCACAGAACAGGGAAGGACAAUUGGUUAGAAAGAUUGUUCUAUAGCUGCCAGAGACUGGAUAAGCGUGACCAAUCAACAAUUCCCCGAAAUCUUCUAAAGACAGAUGCCGUCCUUUGGCAGUGGGCUAUUUGGGAGGCAGCACAGUUCACUGUCCUCUCUAAGUUGAGAACCCCAUUGGGCAGAGCUCAGGAUACCUUCCAGACCAUUGAAGGUAUCAUUAGAAGUCUCGCAGCUCACACGUUAAACCCUGAUCAAGAUGUUAGUCAGUGGACAACUGCAGACAAUGAUGAAGGCCACAGUAGCAACCAGCUUAGACUUGUUCUUCUUCUGCAGUACCUGGAAAAUCUGGAGAAGUUAAUGUAUAAUGCAUAUGAGGGGUGCGCUAAUGCAUUAACAUCACCUCCCAAGGUCAUUAGGACUUUUUUUUAUACUAAUCGCCAAACUUGCCAAGACUGGCUGACACGGAUCCGACUCUCCAUUAUGAGAGUUGGAUUGUUGGCAGGCCAGCCUGCUGUGACAGUGAGACAUGGCUUUGACUUGCUUACUGAAAUGAAGACAAAUCUAUCUCAGGGGAGUGAAUUGGAAGUAACCAUCAUGAUGGUGGUAGAAGCACUGUGUGAGCUUCAUUGUCCUGAAGCUAUACAGGGAAUUGCUGUGUGGUCCUCUUCCGUUGUUGGAAAGAAUCUUCUCUGGAUAAAUUCAGUGGCCCAACAGGCAGAAGGGAGGUUUGAAAAGGCCUCUGUGGAGUACCAGGAGCACUUGUGUGCCAUGACGGGUGUUGAUUGCUGCAUCUCCAGCUUCGACAAAUCUGUUCUCACAUUAGCCAACACCGGGCGUAACAGCGCCAGCCCCAAACAUUCUCUGAAUGGUGAAUCCAGAAAAACGGUGCUGUCCAAGCCAACUGACUCUUCCCCUGAGGUCAUAAAUUAUUUGGGAAAUAAAGCCUGUGAGUGCUACAUCUCGAUUGCCGACUGGGCGGCUGUACAGGAGUGGCAGAAUGCUGUCCACGACCUGAAGAAGACGACCAGCAGCACUUCUCUCAAUCUGAAAGCUGAUUUCAACUACAUCAAAUCACUAAGCAGUUUUGAAUCUGGAGAAUUUGUUGAAUGUACUGAGCAAUUAGAAUUGUUACCAGGAGAAAAUAUCAAUCUACUUGCUGGAGGAUCAAAAGAGAAAAUAGAUAUGAAGAAACUGCUUCCUAACAUGUUAAGUCCAGAUCCAAGGGAACUUCAGAAAUCCAUUGAAGUUCAGUUGUUGAGAAGUUCUGUUUGUUUGGCAACUGCUUUAAACCACAUAGAACAAGAUCAGAAGUGGCAGUCCAUAACUGAAAACGUGGUGAAGUACUUGAAGCAAACCUCCCGCAUAGCUAUCGGACCACUGAGACUUUCUACUUUAACAGUUUCACAGUCUCUGCCAGUUCUCAGUACCUUACAGCUGUAUUGCUCUUCUGCUUUGGAGAACACAGUUUCUAACAGACUUUCAACAGAGGAUUGUCUUAUUCCACUCUUCAGUGAAGCCCUGCGUUCAUGUAAACAGCAUGAUGUGAGGCCAUGGAUGCAGGCAUUAAGAUAUACCAUGUACCAGAGUCAGUUGUUGGAGAAGAUAAAAGAACAAACGGUUCCAAUUAGAAGCCAUCUCAUGGAAUUAGGUCUGACAGCAGCAAAAUUUGCUAGAAAACGAGGGAAUGUGUCACUUGCAACAAGACUGUUGGCACAGUGUAGUGAGGUUCAGCUGGGAAAGACUACUACUGCACAGGAUUUAGUCCAGCAUUUUAAAAAACUGUCAACUCAAGGUCAAGUGGAUGAGAAAUGGGGGCCUGAACUUGACAUUGAAAAAACCAAAUUGCUAUAUACAGCAGGUCAGUCAACACACGCAAUGGAAAUGUUGAGUUCUUGUGCCAUAUCUUUCUGCAAGUCUGCCAAAGCUGAAUAUGCAGUUGCCAAGUCAAUUCUGACAUUGGCUAAAUGGAUCCAGGCAGAAUGGAAAGAAAUUUCAGGGCAGCUGAAACAGGUUUACAGAGCUCAGCAACAGCAGAACUUCACCGGUCUUUCUACUCUGUCUAAAAACAUACUCGCUUUAAUAGAACUGCCAUCUGUUAAUACAAUGGAAGAAGAGUAUCCUCGGAUUGAGAGUGAAUCAACAGUACAUAUUGGAGUUGGAGAACCUGACUUCAUUUUGGGACAGUUGUAUCACCUGUCUUCAGUACAGGCACCUGAAGUAGCCAAAUCUUGGGCAGCAUUGGCUAGUUGGGCUUAUAGGUGGGGCAGAAAAGUGGUUGACAAUGCCAGUCAGGGAGAAGGUGUUCGUCUGCUGCCUAGAGAAAAAUCUGAAGUUCAGAAUCUGCUUCCAGACACUAUAACUGAAGAAGAAAAAGAGAGAAUAUAUGGUAUUCUUGGACAGGCUGUGUGUCGACCAGCGGGGAUUCAGGAUGAAGAUAUAACGCUUCAGAUAACAGAAAACGAAGAUAACGAGGAAGAUGACAUGGUUGAGGUUAUCUGGCGUCAGCUAAUCUCAAGCUGCCCAUGGCUUUCAGAACUUGAUGACAGUGCAACAGAAGGAGUUAUUAAAGUGUGGAGGAAGGUUGUAGAUAGAAUCUUCAGCCUGUACAAGCUGUCUUGUAGUGCAUAUUUUACUUUCCUCAAACUCAACGCUGGUCAGGUUCCUUUAGAUGAAGAUGACCCGAGGCUACAUUUAAGUCACAGAGCCGAGCAGAGUACUGAUGAUGUGAUUGUGAUGGCCACACUGCGCUUACUCAGAUUGCUCGUUAAACAUGCUGGCGAACUUAGGCAGUAUCUGGAACAUGGCUUGGAAACAACACCUACUGCUCCAUGGAGAGGAAUUAUUCCACAGCUUUUCUCACGCUUAAACCACCCUGAAGUAUAUGUGCGACAAAGUAUCUGUAAUCUCCUUUGCCGAGUGGCUCAAGAUUCCCCGCAUCUCAUAUUGUACCCUGCAAUCGUGGGGACCAUAUCACUCAGUACUGAAUCACAGGCUUCAGGAAAUAAGUUUUCCUCUGCAAUUCCAACUUUGCUUGGCAAUAUUCAAGGAGAAGAAUUGCUGGUUUCUGAAUGUGAGGGAGGAAGCCCUCCUGCUUCUCAGGAUAGCAAUAAGGAUGAACCUAAAAGUGGAUUAAAUGAAGACCAAGCCAUGAUGCAGGAUUGCUACAGCAAAAUUGUAGAUAAGCUGUCCUCUGCAAACCCAACUAUGGUGUUACAGGUUCAGAUGCUUGUGGCUGAGCUGCGCAGGGUCACUGUUCUCUGGGAUGAGCUGUGGUUGGGAGUUCUGUUACAGCAACACAUGUAUGUCCUGAGACGGAUUCAGCAGCUGGAAGAUGAGGUGAAGAGAGUCCAGAACAACAACACCUUACGCAAAGAAGAGAAGAUUGCAAUCAUGCGGGAAAAGCACACGGCUUUGAUGAAGCCCAUUGUGUUUGCUUUGGAGCAUGUAAGGAGCAUCACCGCAGCCCCUGCAGAAACACCUCAUGAAAAGUGGUUUCAGGAUAACUAUGGUGAUGCAAUUGAAAAUGCUCUUGAAAAGCUAAAGACACCAUCAAAUCCUGCAAAGCCUGGAAGCAGCUGGAUUCCAUUUAAAGAGAUAAUGCUGAGUUUGCAACAGAGAGCACAGAAACGUGCAAGUUAUAUCUUGCGUCUUGAAGAAAUCAGCCCGUGGCUGGCUGCCAUGACUAACACUGAAAUUGCUCUUCCUGGAGAAGUAUCAGCUAGAGACACUGUCACAAUCCACAGUGUGGGCGGAACCAUCACCAUCUUACCUACCAAAACCAAGCCAAAGAAACUGCUCUUUCUAGGGUCAGAUGGCAAGAGCUAUCCGUAUCUCUUCAAAGGAUUGGAAGAUUUACAUCUGGAUGAGAGAAUAAUGCAGUUCCUGUCUAUUGUGAAUACCAUGUUUGCUACAAUCAAUCGCCAGGAAACACCCCGUUUCCAUGCCCGACACUAUUCUGUAACACCACUAGGAACCCGAUCAGGACUAAUCCAGUGGGUGGAUGGAGCCACACCCUUAUUUGGUCUUUACAAACGAUGGCAACAACGGGAAGCUGCUUUACAAGCACAGAAGGCCCAAGAUUCCUACCAAACUCCUCAGAAUCCUGGAAUUGUACCUCGUCCUAGUGAACUUUAUUAUAGUAAAAUUGGCCCUGCUUUAAAAGCAGUUGGACUUAGCCUGGAUGUGUCCCGACGGGAUUGGCCUCUUCAUGUAAUGAAGGCAGUAUUAGAAGAGUUAAUGGAGGCUACCCCUCCAAAUCUCCUUGCUAAAGAGCUCUGGUCAUCUUGUACCACACCUGAUGAAUGGUGGAGAGUCACACAGUCUUAUGCCAGGUCUACUGCAGUUAUGUCUAUGGUUGGAUACAUAAUUGGCCUUGGAGAUAGACACCUGGAUAAUGUUCUCAUAGAUAUGACGACUGGAGAAGUGGUUCACAUAGAUUACAAUGUUUGCUUUGAAAAAGGUAAAAGCCUUAGAGUUCCUGAGAAAGUACCUUUUCGAAUGACACAGAAUAUUGAAACAGCACUGGGUGUAACUGGAGUAGAAGGUGUUUUUAGGCUUUCAUGUGAGCAGGUUCUACACAUCAUGCGGCGUGGCAGGGAGACUCUGCUGACAUUGCUGGAGGCCUUUGUGUAUGACCCCCUGGUGGACUGGACGGCUGGGGGUGAGGCAGGCUUUGCUGGCGCUGUCUAUGGUGGAGGUGGCCAGCAGGCCGAGAGCAAGCAGAGCAAGAGAGAGAUGGAGCGAGAGAUCACCCGCAGCCUCUUUUCUUCCAGAGUAGCUGAAAUUAAGGUGAACUGGUUUAAGAAUAGGGAUGAGAUGCUGGUUGUGCUUCCCAAGCUGGACAGCAGCUUAGAUGAAUACCUAAGCUUGCAAGAGCAGCUGACAGAUGUGGAAAAACUUCAAGGCAAACUCCUGGAAGAAAUAGAGUUUCUAGAAGGAGCUGAAGGAGUGGACCAUCCUUCUCACACUCUGCAACACAGGUAUUCUGAACACACUCAACUACAGACUCAGCAAAGGGCUGUACAGGAAGCAAUCCAGGUGAAGCUGAAUGAAUUUGAACAGUGGAUAACACAUUAUCAGGCUGCAUUCAAUAAUUUAGAAGCAACACAACUUGCAAGUUUGCUUCAGGAGAUAAGCUCACAAAUGGACCUUGGUCCUCCAAGCUAUGUGCCCGCAACAGCCUUUCUACAGAAUGCUGGCCAGGCGCACUUGAUUAGCCAGUGUGAGCAGCUAGAGGGAGAAGUGGGUGCGCUUCUCCAGCAGAGGCGUUCAGUGCUCCGAGGUUGUCUGGAACAGCUGCAUCACUAUGCAACUGUAGCUCUGCAGUAUCCAAAAGCCAUAUUUCAAAAACAUCGAAUUGAGCAGUGGAAGACCUGGAUGGAGGAGCUCAUCUGUAAUACCACAGUUGAGCGCUGUCAAGAACUGUACAGGAAAUACGAGAUGCAGUAUGCUCCCCAGCCUCCACCAACAGUGUGUCAAUUCAUCACGGCCACAGAGAUGACUCUGCAGCGGUAUGCAGCUGACAUCAACAGCAGGCUUAUUAGACAAGUGGAACGCUUGAAACAGGAAGCUGUUACUGUGCCUGUUUGUGAAGAUCAGUUGAAAGAAAUUGAACGUUGCAUUAAGGUUUUCCUUCACGAGAAUGGGGAAGAAGGAUCUUUGAGUCUAGCAAGUGUUAUUAUUUCCGCCCUUUGUACUCUUACAAGGCGUAACCUGAUGAUGGAAGGUGCAGCUUCAAGUGCUGGGGAACAGCUGGUGGAUCUGACCUCUCGGGAUGGAGCCUGGUUCUUGGAAGAGCUCUGCAGUAUGAGUGGGAACGUCACUUGCCUGGUGCAGUUACUGAAGCAGUGCCACCUGGUGCCACAGGACUUAGACAUUCCGAACCCAAUGGAAGCUUCUGAGGCAGUUCACUUAGCUAAUGGAGUAUAUACCUCACUUCAGGAAUUAAAUUCAAAUUUCCGGCAAAUCAUAUUUCCAGAAGCACUGAGAUGUUUAAUGAAAGGAGAAUACACGUUAGAAAGUAUGCUUCAUGAGCUGGACAGUCUUAUUGAGCAGACAACUGAUGGCGUUCCCCUGCAGACUCUAGUUGAGUCUCUUCAGGCCUAUUUAAGAAAUGCAGCUAUGGGACUCGAGGAAGAAACACAUGCUCAUUACAUCGAUGUUGCCAGAAUACUACAUGCUCAAUAUGGUGAAUUAAUCCAACCAAGAAAUGGUUCAGUUGAUGAAACACCAAAAAUGUCAGCUGGUCAGAUGCUUUUGGUAGCAUUUGAUGGGAUGUUUGCCCAAGUUGAAACUGCUUUUGGCUUAUUAGUUGAAAAGUUAAACAAGAUGGAAAUUCCCAUUGCUUGGCGAAAGAUUGACAUUAUAAGGGAAGCCAGGAGUACCCAAGUCAAUUUUUUUGAUGAUGAUAAUCACCGGCAGGUGCUAGAAGAGAUUUUCUUUCUAAAAAGAUUACAGACAAUUAAGGAAUUUUUCAGGCUCUGUGGUACCUUUUCUAAAACUUUAUCAGGUUCGAGUUCGCUUGAGGAUCAGAAUACUGUAAAUGGACCUGUACAGAUUGUCAAUGUGAAAACUCUUUUUAGAAACUCCUGUUUCAGUGAAGACCAGAUGGCCAAACCUAUAAAGGCAUUCACAGCUGACUUUGUGAGGCAGCUCUUGAUUGGACUACCGAACCAAGCCCUAGGACUCACCCUCUGCAGUUUUAUCAGUGCCCUGGGUGUAGACAUUAUUGCUCAAGUAGAGGCAAAGGACUUUGGUGCUGAAAGCAAAGUCUCUGUUGAUGAUCUUUGUAAGAAAGCAGUGGAGCACAACAUCCAGAUUGGGAAGUUCUCUCAGUUGGUAAUGAACAGGGCAACUGUGUUAGCAAGCUCCUAUGAUACUGCCUGGAAGAAGCAUGACUUGGUACGCAGGCUAGAAACCAGUAUUUCUUCUUGUAAGACAAGCCUGCAGCGUGUUCAGCUGCAUAUUGCCAUGUUUCAAUGGCAGCAUGAAGACCUUCUUAUCAAUAGACCACAAGCCAUGUCAGUUACACCUCCUCCUCGGUCAGCCAUCCUAACCAGCAUGAAAAAGAAACUCCAUACUCUGAGCCAAAUUGAAACUUCAAUUGCAACAGUUCAGGAGAAACUAGCAGCACUUGAAGCAAGUAUUGAACAGCGACUUAAGUGGGCAGGUGGUGCCAACCCUGCACUGGCACCUGUACUACAGGAUUUUGAAGCAACAAUAGCCGAAAGAAGAAAUCUUGUCCUUAAAGAGAGCCAAAGAGCAAGCCAGGUCACUUUCCUCUGCAGCAAUAUCAUCCAUUUUGAAAGUUUACGAACUAGAACUGCAGAAGCCUUAAACCUGGAUGCCGCAUUAUUUGAACUAAUCAAACGAUGUCAGCAAAUGUGUUCAUUUGCGUCACAGUUUAAUAGUUCAGUCUCUGAAUUAGAGCUUCGUUUAUUACAAAGAGUGGACACCAGUCUUGAGCAUCCUAUUGGCAGCUCUGAGUGGCUUUUGUCAGCACACAAACAAUUGACCCAGGAUAUGUCUACUCAGAGGGCAAUUCAGACAGAGAAAGAGCAACAGAUAGAAACAGUCUGUGAAACAAUUCAGAAUCUGGUUGAUAAUAUAAAGACUGUGCUCACUGGUCAUAACCGGCAACUUGGAGAUGUCAAACAUCUCCUGAAAGCAAUGGCUAAGGAUGAAGAAGCUGCCCUGGCAGAUGGUGAAGAUGUUCCCUAUGAGAACAGUGUUAGGCAAUUCUUAGGUGAAUAUAAAUCAUGGCAAGACAACAUUCAGACGGUGCUGUUUACAUUAGUCCAAGCUAUGGGUCAGGUUCGAAGUCAAGAACACGUUGAAAUGCUCCAGGAAAUAACUCCCACCUUGAAAGAACUGAAAACACAAAGUCAGAGUAUCUAUAAUAAUUUAGUGGGUUUUGCAUCACCCUUAGUCACCGAUGCAACAAAUGAAUGUUCGAGUCCAACGUCAUCUGCUACUUAUCAGCCAUCCUUUGCUGCAGCAGUCCGGAGCAACACUGGCCAGAAGACUCAGCCUGAUGUCAUGUCACAGAAUGCUAGAAAGUUGAUUCAGAAAAAUCUUGCCACCUCAGCAGAUACUCCACCAAGCACCAUUCCAGGAACUGGCAAGAGUGUUGCUUGUAGUCCUAAAAAGGCUGUUAGAGACCCUAAAACAGGGAAAGCUGUGCAAGAGAGAAACUCCUAUGCAGUGAGUGUGUGGAAGAGGGUGAAAGCCAAACUCGAGGGCCGAGAUGUUGAUCCGAAUAGGAGGAUGUCAGUUGCUGAACAGGUUGACUAUGUCAUUAAGGAAGCAACUAAUCUAGAUAACUUGGCUCAGCUGUAUGAAGGUUGGACAGCCUGGGUAUGAAUGGUGAGACAGUAGAUGAGUCUGGUUAAGCGAGGUCAGACAUCCACCAGAAUCAACUCAGCCUCAGGCAUCCAAAGCCACACCACAGUCGGUGGUGAUGCAACUGGGGGCUUACUCUGAGGAACCCUAGGAAAUCUCGGUGCGCUAGGAAGUGAAUCCUGCAGGACAGCUGCACUCAGGGAAACGCCCAACACCAUGGCCUGCAACCCCAGGGUCAAGGGUGAAAGAAAGAAAGCUCACCGCCUGAACAUGGAGAUUGUCUUUCUGCCACAGAACAGCUGCAAACGUGUCAGGAGGUUAGCUGCAGAAAGAAAUCGGGAUGCCGCGGAGCACAGAGUGAUUUGGAACUCCAUUCCACCUGACCCUGUGUGUACAAUCCAGGAAAAAACAAACCCCGCUCAGAAACAGAGAAAACUGGGGCCGCGAAGAAAUCACAGCCAAGGAAGAUUUGAUGCAUUCAGAUUCUCGUGUAACACUUGUUGCUUGGCAACAGUACUGGUUGGGUUGACCAGUAGGUACAAAAAGGCUAUGCGCUAAGAAUUUCAGAAAUGGACUGGAAAUGGAGAGCUAUGUAACAGAUACACUACAUUGGAAGAACUUACUUCUGAAAUGAAGGGAAAAAAAAAACCUACCCAUCAUCCUCCUCCCCAAUCCCACACCAUCUACCCAUUCCCCUUUUACCUGAUCCAGUAGAUUAGUCAUCUUUCAAAUUUACUUUUAUUUCAAUCCUUAUAUUGCUUUCAUAUACUUCCAUCUCGAUGUUGUUAACAACUUAUAUUUGGAGUGAUAAACAGAAAUUUCUCCAAAACCACUGAUAAUAUGGAAAAUUCAAGGAUUGUUUAAAGGUCUGAUGAUCACAUACAAAAUGUAAUUCUGGUUAUUUAAGUCGUUUCUGUGAUUCUAUCAUGUACAGUUUUCAGAAUUGUCACUGUGCAUUCAAAAGUAAUGAAUCUAACAGACAUUUGAUUUAAUGUACACUCCCCUUUGCUUAUAGUGUGCAUUUUUGGGAGGUCAUUCAAAUUUUCCCUCUUCUGCAAUUGCUGUAGUUUCUUUCAUAAAAAGUAGCUAAUCCAAUGUAAUCUUUUACCUUUUUAAAAACCAGAAUAGAAUACCUAUUAGAGUUUUACAUUGUUGAUGACAGAUUAACAAUAAACUGAUGUUCUGGUGGAGGUAGAGUGAAAUGCUGUUUAAUUCAGUUUUCUCAUUUAGUUUACCUGGCAUUUUAGGUAGGACAUGUACAUGAAACAUCAGCAAAAUGAAAACCACUACCAUCUUUUAUUAAGUUCAAUUAUUAGUCUGUGAAGUACUUUACUUUUUGCACAAUUUUAAUAGUUUGCUGUGAAUUCAUGAUCAAGGUUUCCUUAAAUUCAGUAUUGCAUUUCAGUACUGUAAGCUGAAUUGUUGAUCCAAAAUCAAAAUCCAGACUAGAAUAGAAAAUCACGUAUCGACACAGAAUAGAACAAAAUCUUGAUUAUGUUUUUCCUGCAUUUUAGGGAUUAGGACUGUGAUCAUUUCUGGUUGCCAAUCUUCACAAACUUAAGGGUAUUAAGGAAAAAAUUCCACAUAGCUCUGGCCUUUUCUGUAUUCUGAUUGCCACAUUAAUCUAUGAUCUUUACAUGCCCAUGGGAGAGUGCAUCUCAGUAUCAGUGCUUUUCUAAUACUUAGGCAAGUAUUGCAAGAAAGGUGGUAUUUUCAAAUACCCAUGUGUCUAAUAGCAAGUUAAGGAACCUAGUGCAUCAAAUUUUAUUUUCUUCACACAUUUGAACCUUAUUUUCACAAUCAAAACAACCUAUCUGGAAUAAUAAUGCCAUAUUGUGUCAUGCACGCUGCUUUAUUUCCUAGAGGCUGUGUGGGAGCUACUACAUUCAUCACUUGAUUACCUCUGCUCUCUCAAAAGUCUUUUCAGCAACAUUCUUUAUUGUCACAAGGAAAAACUUUUAUCACGGUGAUAAAACAAAUUCACACUAGUUUGUCCCUACUGGUAGUAUUCAGAAAUUGCUUUUUCUUUGGUAAAGAAGAUAAAUGAAAUAGGUGAAUUUUAUUGCCUGUGAAUUUCAGGCUUCAGAGGUACCUGGCACCUUAUCCAAGCAAAUACAAAACAGCUUUAUAUCAGAAACAUGUGCCUCUGGUAAAUUAUCCUUCACUUUUAUUUUAAAAUGGUCCCUCAGAGAACAGUGUGGCAUAUACAUGUUUGGUUGUGGGGCAGAAUGUGAAUAAUUGAGGACUUCAAAGCUUGCUCUUUACUACACUCUGGAUAGUAAGACCCCAGUCUGUACAAUUUGGCUUCCUCUAGGAAGUCAUUCUGCCAAGUAGCCUUGGCUUUUUGAGCUGUCGUAGGCAAACUCCACAGAUUUAAUCACUGGUGAGAGGCCCUGGUGAUAGAGCAGCUUGAGAAGACAGGGCUAUAUUUGGGGGAUUAUCUUGUAAAAUAAAGUUUAGAGUGCUGUCCUUACGAAGUCAUACAUUUUUGAUGAUACAAAAUACCUGUGGAAAACCAGGGAUCUGCUCCUCUCUUCUUCUCUUUCUCAGAUUCAGGGGUUAUAGAAUAACCUACAACCUCUUCAAUUUAGAGUACCCUUGGAUAUUGAAGUUUAUCUUAAGUGUUUUGUCGUCUUUUUCUAAAAUUGCCUGAAUUUUAGUUGAUAUCUCUACAAAGCUCUGGAGGCUUAGUUUAUGGAGCUGUGUGUAUUUCUCUUUUAGUUUUUCUUUGGUGUGUCUUGCAGGAUCUCCUUCUUUCCAGUCAUGAGUUAACAUAGUUUGCUAGAUGAUUAUUAACAUUCUUUUGUGUCUGGCACUUGGAGUGAGUUCUUUUUUGAGCUAUGUGAGAUUUCUGUGUGUGAACUGAUAAUCAAGCUCUUGAUCUGCUUCCCUAAAUAGUUUUUUUUAGAGCCCAAACCCCAGGUUCAGGGUGAGGGUUUGUAAUACAAAGAAAAACUUCCAUCACUUCUGCCCUUAACACUUGCCACUAUUACCUAAGCUUAGUAUGUAGUUUUCUUAAUAUUGUUCAUGUUUGGUGUUAUCUGCAUUGUUUUGUUUUGUUUUAAAUUGUGGUUGUUCUGAUGUGUGAAAUUUAAGGAAAGAGCCAUUAAACAAUGCCGAGCAGGGCAAUGCAAGUACAGCCAAAUAUUAGAGUUGAUGUGCAAUCUUAGGUCCUUUUAAAUCUGGGGUAUUAUAGGCAGUACUUUAAAUUGAAAAGUCUUCCUGGCCUAUUAUCCUCCACAUAUUUGUAAUUACUCUGGGGGCUUACUUGUUUUGGCAGUACUAAUAUCAAAGGAGCUGGUUCUUCUUUUUUCCUAAUUCUUUUCAUAUUAAAUGAAGCACCUACAAUUAGCCUGUUAGUCCUAUUCAUAAACAUCAAAAAUCAGUGAAUGCUUUACUGUUAGCACAUGUACUUUUUAGACAAAAUCAGAUGAAUGUGAAAACCAGUGACCUUCCAUUCUCUAUUCUUGGGCUUGUCAAAUGUCAGUAAUUUAGAGCUAGGGCUUUCCCCCUGAAAUCAAGGAGGUAGACUAGGUAAUGUAAGGGUCACUUAAAGAAGGCAGAUUUUAUUUUUGGUAUAUGGGUUGUAAUAGAAACAUUCCUCCUAUGGGGAAAAUGAGCUUAGCAUUACAAAUUUUUGCAAACAUUCACUGCAGAAGGGGAAUUCCAUUGUGUUAUAAACCCUAAGGAUUUGUUGCUCUUUUCCUGCUUUUUAGGCCUGGGUAACAAUCUUACCAUCCCUUAUUUACAAAAGAGCAAAUGGACUCUGAGAAGCUUUAUAUGUUCACGGGUUAGUUGUACAACAGGAACACUGUAGAGUCCCCUGCUUUCUAUGGGAAUUUGGGCUAACUAGGGAAAAGCUGUUUGUUGUGCUAAUGUAAAAUUGUCACAUAAUUAGUUUUUUGAAGAUGGUAAACUUAAGGAAUUGCAUGUUAUUCUGAAAUGCAGGCUUUUAGAAUGUUUUUCUUUCAAAACAGGCUGAUUUUUCUUUUCCUGAAGUCCAAGUUUCCGCUCCUCUUUAAAAUUCCCGUGUCAGUUAUUUUUCUGGUUUAAAUUUCUCUUAUAUUUCCACCUGUAAUGUCAGUGGCAACAUCAUACUUGUUAAUUUACUUUACCCUUAUUAUACAAACAAAUUGAGUUUAACUGAAUCUUCCUUGUCCUAGUAACAUUGUAUAAAGUGGCUUCUCUGUACAAAAGGUUGUAAUGCCUCCUGAUGGAUAUAAUUUUGUGAUUGUAUUUAAGAUUAAAAGUUGAAUAAAUCACACCAGCUUCCUGAAAAUGUUCCUAAUGCAUCUUUUGGAAAACAAAAAUACAUGCCUACUUUGUGCAUAUUUGCAUUAACACAGCAAAGAUUGUAUGAACUACAUUUUUCAGAAAAUAAAGUCUUAAAAGACA